AGACAUAAUAGCUACAUUUGCAUAGCUAUGGAGCUUCCCCAAAUCGAAUAUUUGAACCCUUUAAGUCUAGAUCAGAUUGCAAUUCGCAAAAGCUCUUUUUCCACUCAAUCCACAAGCACUCAAGCACACAGUGAAACGGAACUUCACCCUUCCGAAGAGCCUCAAAAGAAAAGGCGGACUGUUACAUUCGGUAACAUUGACAUCACCGAGCUUAACUAUCAGGCAACAAAAAUUCCACCGGAGCAGAGGAGGCAGUGGAAGCGGCAAGCAAUUCGGAGAAGAAUUGAGAAAAGAGAGUUCUACCGUCGCAUAAAAAUGGGAUUCCUCAAAGGAUGCAUCAUAUUCCUUUUAUUCACUUUAUGCUCCCUGAUAGUUCUUCUAGCGACCGCUCAAGGAACUGGUACAAAGCUCAAUAUUUAGUUUAUUUAACUAUUAUAAUGCCUACACAUCAAAACAAGUACCUGCAACCGAACAUGCGCUUCCGCCAAACUUGACUUUCUCAUGUCACCAACUCGAAAUAACAGACACAGUUUCCCAUCUCGCAGACAUAUUACCUGUGAUUUAAUAAAUUAUUUGUCAAUUUUCUAA